GACCAACAUAGACUAAAAAUUUAAAAAAAAAAAAAAAAACACGGGGAAAAAAAUGGCGUCUUGCCUGGUCCCCGAUUCCCCGGCCGUUAUGGUGGCCCUCGAGCAUUUGAAGGAGCUGGACAAGCAGCUCAAAGAGGAAGGGAUACCAUUCUCACCUGAAGCCAGCCUCCACCUGACGGGGAUAACAUCUGCUAUCACUGAACUGGAGGCGGACCGCCGUGCAGCUUAUGAACAUUUAGAAGUGGAAACCAUAGAAAACAGCAAGCUAAGACACCAAAUCAACAAUAUAAGAGAUAGAAUGAGCCAGAAUAUCAUGGCUGAUGUUGCAGCAGCCCGGGCAUCUAAAGCUGAGGAGAUAGAGCAGCUGCACAAAAACCUCACCACAGUUUAUCAGCUUCAAGAAGCCACUGAGAAGAGGCAGGAAGCCUUCUUGAGCCAGAACAAAGUACUGCAUCCAGAGCGAGAACAGAUGAAGGCUGAACAUGAAGAGAUCAUUGCUGCUCAGAAUGAGCAAAUCACCUUAAAGUAUGGCUUACAGAUGCAGCUGGAUCAGUCUCGGCAUCAGACAGAGGACCUGAAGCCCUGCAUUGCUGCUGUUGAAGAGGAUAAAUUAACACUGCAGCAAAAGAUGGUGUUGGAGAGAGAGACUUUCACUGUGAAAAAAGACAGCCUGUCCAGAGAGGUGGACCAGGCCAAGGAGAAAAUUACGCAGCAGAAGCAAGCGAUCAGGAGGAGCAGAAAAGAGUUAGACAGACUUAAUGACAAGAAACAAGAAACCAGUGACCAUCUGGGUGAGCUCAUGAUUGUCAUGACUAAGUUGGAGAGCAAUAUACAAAAACUGGCAGCAUCUCGGUGCCAGUAUGAGAAACAGCUACAGGGGGAGAAUCAGCAGAGAGAAAUGCUGAAAAAGGAGUUGUGUGAAUUAGGGGAAGCCUUGAGUGUUGCUGUCCAGCAUCUUAAAGAGGAAAUUGCAACACUGGAGGGUAAAAUAGAGGAGGGACGAACAUCAAGACUGGUCUGUCUGGACACCCUGGCUCAGAUCUAUGAGAUAUUCAAGCAACAACAAGAUGAAGAGAAUGAAGUUAGGGCAGAGCAUUCCCACAUCUCACAGCAGCUGGAGCGAUCCAAGCUGCAGCUGGAGGAGUGUGUUUCCUCCAUAGUCAAACACAGUAAGGAGAUCAAAGAGAUGGACAAGCAGAAUAAAGAACUCCUGGAAGUUGACACCAUCACAAAGCGUGUGUUUCAGAGGAAUCAGGAGGAGCUGUGCGAUAACAUGGAUACAGAGAAGAAGAACAUUAGCAAUUUUGUGGAGGAGAAGAGGUGGCUAACAAGGCUUUUGGAGGAGGAGAAGAGGAAGCAGGAGGAGCAUGUGGCAAAGAUGACCUCUGAAAUCAGCGUCGCCUGGAGGAGAUAUGAGGAACUUCGACAAGAGGAAGCCGCGCUCCGAAAGCGUCAGCCCAAGAGCACAAGUGCUGACUUGCUGAUGAGCCAUGUGACCCAGUGUGAGGAGGAGUUCAGACAAAGAGAGACUAAACACCAUGAGGAAAUGGACCAGUGCAUUGCAGAGACCGAGAGCAUCAUGAGGAGCUACGAGGUGAAGCAGAGGGAGGUGGAGGACAAAGAGGAGACGCUGAAGGAGGUGGAAGCAAAGUGGAAUGAAGAGCAAUCCAGGCACCAGAGACUGACAACGCUGACCUACGAGCUGAGGACGACGAUGGAGGAUCUGGAGCUGCAGAUUCAGGGGCUAAAGGAGAAAACUGUCUCUCUGCUUCAGCCCAUAGAGGAAAUGAAGGCUGAGCUGGAGGACAUGCGAGGAUGUUACAUGGACUUGCUAGACAAACAGGCCUCAGAGCUGAGAACUGUAGAGAUGAGCAUCUUUGACAAUAGCAUGAAACCGGAGCAGGUCAGCGUGGAGAACAGCAGGCUGCAUCUACAUAUCACACAGAUGACAGAGGAUGUUAGCAGAGCCAGGAGGAACAAAGACAGAUACUGGCAGGAGGUUCACAAGUUCAGGAAGGACAUAAAGGUCUUAUUUGAGAGCUUACAGGAAGCGUGGAAAGAGGAUUCAUUGGUAACUCAGGACUGGAAGAGCAGAGAUAGUGUUCUGUUGGUGUCGUUUAGGGCCAUGAUGAAUGACCUGCAGACUAGGAGACUACAGUUAGGCAAAGUCAGCACACUCCUUCUUCAACAAAUGUUAAACUUCAGCGAACGACUGGGGGAUAAAACAACUAAAGAACAGCAGUGCUGAGUUGAACUGUUGUGUCUAUGGGAAUGUAAUGCGUGGAAUUCUUAAAGAUUAUAUGAAUUUGCAAUAACAAAAAAGUAAUAAAGCUCACAGCAACAACACAACGGUAUAAAGUGAUGUCUGGCUCAAAAUAGGUUACCAGGUGGCUUGGUGACCAUUUUCUUAAUCACAGUGAAAACAAAUUGAUUUUUUUUUUUUUUUUUUUGUACUUUGAUUGUGAAUAAGGGCCUCCUACCAGUGGGCAUGUUCCAUAGUUCAAGAGUUUAUUUUUAAUGCAGAUUCAUAAAAAUACAAUACAGUUUGAACACAACUCUUCUGGGUAGACUUCAGUAAAAGGUAUCCAAACUGGGACAUAAUCAUCCUUUUAAUUUCUAUUCAUAUUGACAUGAUUUGAGUAAUCAUGUCAUGAACAUUUAAGUAGAUGCAGUAUUAACUUUAGUACAAAGAUUUAGUGUAGACAGUUUUUUCACUUAUACUUUUAAUUGAUUUGUCCACAGUAUAAAGUACAUUCUCACAUGAAACAAAUCCCAUCUAGUCCAUCAUGAUAUUUCCAAAUUUUUUGUUCAGCCACACCUGCUGGAUUUCCUCUCUACAGUCCUUAAUCAAUACAUUUUGAAACCAAAACUCCAGUAGCAUGUCUCAAGUAAAGGUAAAAACUGGUCAGGUCUGAAUUCCCAAACAACCCACCAAACCACUUUGCCUCUCCUCCAGGAUGUCACAAUGCAGGGUAAAUAGAAUUCAAGUGUAAUUUUCAAUAAUUAAAACAAAUAAAUUAUUGUUUGUAUUUUCUUUCUUCCCUUUACUUCAUUGCUUUUUGAAGUUGUUUCUGAGUAAUACCUCAAGUAGGUGGGAAAUCUAAAGGAUUUUCAGCAGAAAAUGCUUGAACAUAUAUGUAAAACAAAAAGCUUUGGAAACAUAACAAAAGAAGCAGAUGAACAGAGCCUGCGGGAGUAAACAAGUCCAACUUCUACCUAGACAGCGUUAUUGUCUAUAUUGUUGUCUUUUUGUUUUAUAGUUUAACCAUUUUCCCAGUUUUUUUUUUUUUUCAAACUGUACUUCAUCUGUACCCUGUAUGUCAGAUUCUCCCUCUCCUGAAUAUCAUCUAUGAUGGUCAGCCAUUGUUUGUGAUUUGGAGCGUCCAUCUUCAGCCAGUUCUUUGUAAUUGCUUCCUUUCCAGUGGCAAGAAGGAUCUUGACUAAACAUUGAUCUCUCUUGUGCACCGUUCACUCCAUGUGUCCCAAGUACAGUACAAGACAUGUUUGUGGGAUUUUAUCACCCAAGACCUCACAAAGAACAAAAUGAAUACCAUCCCAGAAAGGUUGUAUUUUCAUGCAACUCCACAAAAUGUGUGUGUGGUUUGGUUCCAUGUCCUUGCAUAAUCUCCAGCAUGGUUGUUGAAUCUUUGUUUGUUUACUUUUAAUUUUAGGUGCAAUAAAAUACAGAAUCUGGCUCUUC